AUGCGUUACCAGUAGAUGGCAUCCAUUUGCGGGAAAUGGCAGGUGAAAGUCCAAAACAUCAGACUUGCUGUUACUCCCCUUCUCUCACGUAUUUCUUGCAUGAAUGAGAGAAGCAGCAGCAGCAGCAGCUCCUAUCAACCAAAGCCCGUCGAUAUGGAGAUGUCCAAUUCCGCCCUGAGAGCUAAAUCCGCCCGCGAACACAGAUUGAAGGUCCGACGGUUGAAAAUCGCCGGGACAAUAAAGAAUCAGAAAUCCGACGGUCAGGGUGGGAGUCCCGGACCCAAGAGGAGAAGAGAGGAAAAUGUCCAUCUGCAACCAAUGAUACCUGCUUCUUCAUCUUCUUUACUCGUCGAAGCAAUCAACGGCAGGGAUUAUAGGAUAACUGUGGGCCCUGGAGCCAACAGCAAUGAUAAUGAUCAGCUCCCGUCUCACGGGGGCACUUCGGUCUGCGGCAGGCGGAGGGAGAUGGAAGAUACCCUGACACUGGCCCCACAUUUCAUCGGUCCAGAUCAUGAUUUCUUCGGCGUGUAUGACGGGCACGGCGGGAGCGCAGUGGCGGAGGCCUGCGCGGCCCGUCUCCAUCAUUUGCUUCUUUUCGAGAUGCAGAGACGGUGGGCCCACUGCGGUUCGAUGCGUUGGGAGGAGGUGAUGGAGGCUUGUUUCCUGAAGAUGGAUAAUGAGGUGAGGGCCCAGGUGGUGGAGGAUGAGGAGAUGAUGGUCGGAUCGACGGCUGUGGUUGCAGUAGUGGGCCCACGCUACUUGAUUGUGGCUAAUUGCGGGGAUUCGAGAGCAGUUUUAUCACGGGGAAGGCAGGUUAUCCCGUUGUCGAAUGAUCAUAAGCCCAACAGGCCAGAUGAGUUGGAAAGGAUCGAAGCCGCCGGUGGUAGGGUCAUCUGCUGGGAUGGUCCACGCGUCUUGGGAGUACUUGCUACUUCUAGGUCCAUAGGGGAUCAUUACCUGAAACCAUACGUCAUUCCGAAUCCAGAUGUAGUUGUGAUCGAACGGACGGAAAUGGAUGAGUUCAUGAUAUUGGCCAGCGAUGGUUUAUGGGACGUCAUCUCAAACGAGACUGCGUGUAGUGUUGUAUGGCGAUACCUCAUCAAACGAUCUUCAAAGAAGGAGAGAGAAAAAGUAGGUGGGCCAGUCCAGGCGGCAUCGAUGCUGGUAGAGUUAGCAGUGGGUCGAGGGAGUGGGGACAACAUCAGCGUCGUGGUGGUCGAUCUAAGGAGCCGAAACAGAUCUUUCCUUAAAUAGAUUACCAGAGAAAAAUCUAAAAGGUUUGGAUCACUUUCUUUUGCUUAGCUCAGCUCAUCAGUAUCUCUCUUUUCCCACACAUGGAGAGCAUGUCCGUGAGAUCUGAACUGAUCAUUAGGUCAGACUUCCAUGGAUGGCCCAUAUCUUCGCAACCAUCUCCUUGAAGUGAAAAACUUUGAUACUCUAGCAUGGUGUGAUGGAUGAUACACAGGUACUUGGAAAUUACUUAAAAUUUGCAUAAGUGGUUAGGUUUAAUUCAAAUUAAACUGCUCAAAAUAUGGGUCCUAGUUUAGAUUAAUCAUGGACCAGAUAAUAUGAUUAUUUGAUUUUCUCACUAUCAGAUUGAUGGGGAUUUAUUGGACUGCUAUCAAUGAAAAAUAUCCAAUGGUCCUAUUUUAUUAAAUAAGUAUCCACCAAUCAGAGAGGUUAGAAUUACUCAACUAAUAUGAUUUUGGUACAUGACUUAGCACCAGUGGGUUCCACAUUUUAGCCGGUUUAGUUUGAUAAUCUAUGCGUGUUUACAAUUUAUGAGUUCCUGCAUAUCAAGUAUCAUACUUGCCAGAGUAUCAAAUAACUUGCCUGCCAUCAAAACUGAUGGUUAUGAUUGGAAGAUCGGUGUGAUUGUUGGGAUAUGGGGCAUCAAACGUAUGUCCUUCGUGAUGAACGGUUUGGAUCUUGGACACUCUUGUCACAUGUGCGAAAGCAAGUUACCCCUAAGCUAAGCCAAAGAAAGCCAUAACCAAAAGACACUGCAUUUUAUAGUUAUAUUUACAAACCACUAGACCUAUAAACAUAGACAAAGCAUGCAUGCAUGUAUUGAAGUUAUAUUUGCCUUA